GGGUCCACUGGGGUCCCCGAGCAGGGGAGCCCGGCGCGCUCGGUGCCUCCGCUAGGCCGCGCUCGAGCCCUUUGCGGAAGGCCGCGCCCCCGGGCCGCGCGGUGGGCUCGUCCAGGCGGGAGCUUAUUUUCGGCUUGGCGGGCUCCGCUUGCUCACUGCCCUCUGCUCUCCUUCCCGUGCUCCGUACCGCUCUCGGCUCCUCUCCGCUCGCCGCCAUGCCCUGCUCGGAAGACGCCGCCGCCGCCGGCUCCGUCAGCAAGCGGGCUCGGGCCGAGGACGGCGCUUGUCUGCGCUUCGUGCGGCUCUCGGAGCACGCCACGGCUCCCACCCGCGGGUCGGCGCGCGCCGCGGGCUACGACCUGUACAGUGCCUAUGAUUAUACCGUACCACCCAUGGAGAAAGCCGUUGUGAAAACAGACAUUCAGAUAGCUGUUCCUUCCGGCUGCUAUGGAAGAGUAGCUCCACGUUCUGGCUUGGCAGUAAAAUACUUCAUAGAUGUAGGAGCUGGUGUCAUAGAUGAAGAUUACAGAGGAAAUGUUGGUGUUGUGCUGUUUAAUUUUGGAAAAGAGAAGUUUGAAGUAAAAAAAGGUGAUCGGAUUGCACAGCUCAUUUGUGAACGGAUCUUCUAUCCGGACUUAGAAGAAGUUGAAACACUGGAUGUCACUGAAAGGGGCUCAGGAGGCUUCGGCUCCACUGGAAAGAAUUAAAAAUGUGCUUCAAGUAUUUCGCUGUUUCAACUGCAAAGAGGAGCUUUAGUUUUUAGUGUUUCAUGUUCUAGGACACAGGAAGGAGGACUUGUUACAUCACAUUGGAACUUUUCUCUUCUGCGAUUGGUGGUCACCCGUAAAUCUGCAUUGUGGGGCUGGCGCUGACAUGCAGACUUGGUAAAAAGAAGUCUACAAUUGAGUUUUUCUAUUGCAUUAUUUAAAUUAUAGUCCUAGUACUGGCUUUGCUCUAAUUGCUUUCUUGGUUGUAAGGUUUUUUUGUUUUUUGUUUUUAUUCAAUAAAGUUGAAGUCUUUAGCAGAUACUUUUUUUACAUAUGCUGACUAAAGAACCAUAAGGAGGUCAGGCAUGGCCCAGGGCUGUAACAUCACUUGGAGGCUGAAUCAGGAGGGUUGCUGAGUUAGGCCAGCCAGGGCUACUGUGAGAUGCUGUCUGAAGAAGGGGUCGGUGUCAGUUACUCCUUGUUCUUUUCUGCUUUGGUGCUGUGUGACUGGCACUGUAAGGUCUACUCACUCACUCAUCACCCUGGAUUGGGAACCCCCUAGACUCGAGUGAGGAUAGCACUAAAUACAACCUGGUGAGCCAGUGAGUGUACAGGAGUGUGGGGGAGGGGUGACAGACAGGAACAGAAAUGACUCAGGUACCUAAAGCCCUGAACUUAGCAGCACAACCUGCUUGUCGGCAGCUCAGCUGGUCUUCCUGCUUCACUGCCUGUGUGAUGGGGGAGGGGUCUCUUCCCUGCCUUGCCACAUCCCACAGUUCCCUGGCCCAAGAGGACCGGUGUUUGCUUUGCAUUAUCUGCCGCUCUGGUUAUUCUCCCUCACAGCCCUACUCUGUGCCUGCACUGUAGCCUUAAGGUAGUGAUAGAAUAGAAAUCUUAAAGAUCAAGUCAAGUUUAGUAUUAGUAAUGGUAACACUGUAAUCUGGCUGGACAGUUCAGGCAUUUCCUGUUGGUGUAAAUUAUACUCCCCCACCCCCACUCUCAGUAACCAACCUGAUCAUUUUAGCUGAGAAAUGCUCUCUUUUCUAUCAUCCUAAGGGGCGUGGCAGGGCAUCUUCCCCAAACAGAAAGUAAACUUCGUGUGCUCAGGACUUCCCAUUGGGAGGCUGGCUGUAUAGUCAGAUGUUCUCAUGUUGCUCUUUUUAAGUGAAAAAGAACAGGCAUGGACUGACAGUUUUAGAGAUCCCUUACAAAGUGUAUGAAAAACUUUAAAAGGUGUUUAUUUGACACUAUAUGGCUAAAUUGGGAAGUUUGUGUUGUUGUUGUUUUUUUUUUUUAAUUUAGCAGAUCUCAUGGAAUAAGUCUAGUACCUAUAUAAGAUCAUAGACAAGUUUUGAUUAAAAAGAUCAUUGUGUUUGGGUCCUAAUUUUCAGAUGGGUUUAUGGGGGUGGGGCAGAUGCCAUAGUCGUUACUGGUCAUGAUCUAACUCCUGCUGAGGCACCCAGUGCCACAUUCUUGCUUCCUUGGGCACAUGGACACAUGCAGAUACAGACACACACACAAAUGUAAAACUUUUUUAAAAAUAUAAAUCUCUAGGAAAACACACUCUAAAAUAUUGCUUAUUUUUGCCUGUUGAAGUUGGUAAGUUUUUUUUUCCUUUUUGUAUUGUCUAUAAACUGAUUAAAAAUGGCUAAGAAAAAAGAUUAAA